AUCCUGCCGAUCACCCAACUCUACGGAGUACCUCAUCUACCUUUUCUUUUCAUAUCACUUCACACAAACACAAUGGGCCAGAGCCCGUCCAGCCCGCAACCCAACACGCAGCUCCAAGUCAUCGGGGCCGGGCUCUCCCGCACGGGCACCGCCUCCCUCAGCGCGGCGCUCGCCCACCUCCUGAAUGGUCCGGUCUACCACGGCGGCACGCAGAUCACCGCGGGCCCACCGACCGAGCUGCCGCGCUGGAACCGCCUCCUGCGGCACUGGCUGCGACGCGACGAAGCGGCCACGCUCUCACUGCUGCGCGAGAUUACGACCGGCUACGCGGCAAUCACCGACGCGCCCGCCUCGCAUCUCGUCCCGGAGCUGCUGACCCUUUACCCAAAUGCAAAGGUUGUGGUGACUGUGCGCGACCGGCAGGCCUGGAUCCAGAGCGUGGACACCCUCGCCUCCGUCGUGACGCCGUGGUUCCUGUGGGCGGUACUGCUGCCUCUCCCCGGCAUGCGACACUUCAUGACGUUUAUCUCGCUGGUGCGGGCACAGUGGGGCUGCGUGUACGAGGGGAAAGCGCAGGACAAAGCCUGGGUUUACCACCGGCAUCUGGAAUGGUUGAAGGAGGUGGUGCCUGCGGACCAGCUGGUGGUAUUUGAUGUCAAGGACGGGUGGGAGCUGCUGUGUCGCGGGCUGGGGGUUGAAGUUCCUCCUAAGGAUGUGCCGUUCCCCAGAAUCAAUGAUGCCAAGGCGAUGGAGCAAGGGGCGGCGGAUCAUAUCCGGCGGGGUUUGGUACGGUGGGCGGUCGGGUUGGGGGUGCUGGGCGUGGGGUUGGCUUGGUGGUGGAGAUGGCGAUAA